AACAUUGAGGAAGUGGUCUGACAAUAUCAGCGCUCACUCCACAGCACCAGUACAUGUCUGGGGAAUGAAUAUCGACAGUAUUUAAUUUUUAGGUUCCUGCCAAGUAGUUUUAAUUAAGAGUUUGGAAAGAAAAUGUCACCGCUGUGUGAGACAAAGAUGAUUUCAAAGUCUUCCUCCAGUUAAGGAGCCCAGCAGUCCUGAACAGGAAACUGUCAGCAUCUGUCCAGAGAGCCGCAGGUGUUCAACCCUCCAGCCCCGCUCAUGGUUAAAGAUGAGCUGGGCUGCCAGUACACAGUGUGUAGCCAAGGGGGACCACAGGAAACCAAAACCUGGAGAACUGACUUUCUACAAAGGAGACAUCCUCACUAUUGUAGACACAAGCACGAAGAAGGGAUAUUACAAGGCCAGACACAACACUACCGGAGAGGAAGGACUCAUAAACGCCUCCAAUGUGCGUGAAAGAGAAGCUCUGCGUGUCGACCCCAGCCUCAGCCUCAUGCCUUGGUUUCAUGGGAAGAUCUCGGGUCCAGACGCGGUGUGUAAGCUGCAGCCGGCCGAGGACGGCCUGUUCCUGGUUCGAGAGUCCAUUCGCCAUCCUGGCGACUACGUCCUGUGUAUCAGUGUCUCCGGAGAUGUCGUCCAUUACCGGGUCAUUUAUCAGGACAACAAGCUGACCAUCGACAACACACAGUAUUUCUACAAUCUCAUUGACAUGAUAGAUUUUUACUCAAAGAAAAAAGGCUCCAUCGCUACAACUCUUCUGAAGCCCAAACGAAAACAAGGAACCAAGUCAGCUGAGUUGGAGCUGUCUAAAUCUGGAUGGCUGCUGGACAUUACGAAGCUCAAACUGGGAGAAAAUAUAGGAAAUGGGGAGUUUGGUGCUGUUUAUGAAGGAGACUAUAUGGGCCAGAGGGUGGCAGUAAAGACCAUUAAAUGUGACGUCACAGCUCAGGCCUUCCUGCAGGAGACCACAGUCAUGACGAAGCUCCAGCAUAAAAACCUGGUGCGAUUGUUGGGGGUCAUUCUUCACAAAGGUCUUCAUAUUGUCACAGAGCUCAUGGCUAAGGGAAACCUUGUUAACUUUCUAAGGACACGAGGACGUUCAGUUGUGAACUCAGUUCAGCUUCUUUGCUUUGCUCUUGAUGUGUGUGAGGGGAUGGAGUACCUGGAGUCCAAGAAGUUUGUUCACAGAGAUUUGGCGGCUCGUAACGUGCUGGUCUCUGAUGACAGCAUGGCCAAGGUCAGUGACUUCGGCCUGACCAAGGUGGACUCAAAGGUGUCAGAUAAUGCCAAACUGCCGGUCAAAUGGACCGCCCCUGAAGCUCUGAAGAAAGAGAAAUUCUCCACAAAGUCAGAUGUUUGGAGCUACGGUGUUCUUUUGUGGGAGAUCUUCUCUUACGGUCGUCAACCAUACCCUAAAAUGUCGCUGAAGGAGGUGAAGGAGAAGGUGGAGGGGGGUUAUCGCAUGGAGGCUCCAGAGGACUGUCCCCCCAGUGUUUAUUCACUGAUGAUGAUUUGCUGGGAGCAGGAGCCACGCAGAAGACCUGGUUUCCACAAACUAAGAGAGAAACUUGAGCAAGAGAUGGGUAAAUGCAGCCCAGGCCCUGGGUCGGAGCAUCGGGAUGGGACCACGUCUGGAUCUAGAUGCUGAUCUUGGUUGUGAAUCUUGAACUCACAAUUGUGGGAAUGGAGUGGCAGCUGCUGGACAGAUAAUACACACAUUGUUACCCACUCCUGUAUUGGUGUACAUCACACUAGAUGGCCAGCUGGAGUUCCAAACAGGUUCCUUUAACCUAGCAGAUGGGACAAGACAAGCAUUAUUUAACUCUGGUGAUCACGUAAGGCAGACAGCUGGCUCUAACCAAUUUGGUGCCUUGGGCAAGAUAUCAGCUGUUGCCCCUUGCAUUGCAGCCAAUUCCACCGUUAAUCAAAUGUUCAUACACUUAAAGAAAAACAGCGUACAGCUUUGAUUUACAACAUUGUUUUAUAGCUUUGUUUCACAGCUUCUUUAUUUCAAAAUGGAAAAUGCCUCUGAAUGAAAAGAUGCAAAAUCCCUUGGCUGUGCAAAGGUGGAGGGAGCAGGAAUGCUCACAGAUGUCCCAGGGACAUCAGGGGAUGGAUUUAAAUAUUUAAAAAAAUGCAUGAUUUUACCAUAUGGUGUGAAUACAAGGUAAAGCUGCUGUAAUCCUACUUAGCUGCAUACUAUUAUUUCUACUGUAUAUACUACUACUAUUACCGUACAUUAAUGUUUGUGUUUUGUAUGUUGUUAAUGUUAAUCACAAAAAAGAUCUACAGUUCUGUAUGAAAAGUAAACACACAUUAUUUGUAUUUAAAGUCAAAUGUUUAACAGCUUUUUGUUCCCUUCCUAUAUAUGCGUGUGGGUGUGUGUUUUACAGCAUAAGAAUACUUUUAUUUAAUUAAUAUAAUAUAUACUUAUUGUAUAUUCUAUAUAUAUGUUCUUAUUUAGAUACUCUAUAAGUCUUUGGUGAUAAUUCAGUAGCCGUAGUACUUCAAGGAUAAAGUUUGACAUUUUCAAAUACAGAUUUGUGUUUAAGCAACCAAACUACUAUUUUUGACACUCUGGCUGUGCACUCCACCAGUCAGCAUCCUCGGAGCGGACUUUGAGUCAAUUCAUUCGAAUAUGAUUUGUUUUGUAAAUCUAUAUCUAUGGGAAAUACGGCAUCUAUUUCUGCUUUCUCCUCCCUGUUUCUGAGGAUUUUAAGAUUAUGAGAGUGAUUUUGUGUUAUCCAUCAACAGUUCUCUUGGGAUUUUUGCAGGUGCAUAAUAUUUUCUGCUUUCCUAAUCUUUGGGCUGCACAUGAUUAUUUUACAGUUACAGUUUACUAUUUAUUAUUUUUAAUAGAAAUGCAAUGAAGUGUUCAUCUUUCAAAACUCAGCACAAAAUGAAGUCUCUUUUUUGGAUUGUUGUCACGUCACAAGAGCAUUUGACUUAAGUCUACACAAGCCUGGUAUUUGUCUCUGUCCCAGGCGACAGGCCCCAAAUUGAAGCUUGAUCCUCCGUCUCUCUUUAUCGUGCAAUGCAAGCCAGGGUCCUCCACGAUUUGCUCAAUCUGCUGUGUUUUCCUGAAGCUCUCCAAUAUGAUGAGCAGCAAUUUUCUGGUCUAACCCAAUGU